AUGGCCGUCUGCCUCGCCAACCUCGUCGUUGCGCUGGUCGUGCUCCGUUCCCUCACCUCCUCCACCCCCGCGCGCAAACGUGAGGCGCCCGCCCUUGCGACCCCUCGUCGUGCCCACGACUCUGGUGAUGUUGUAUUUCUUCGGACCUUUGAUGCAUAUAUUGUUGGCAAAGAAAACGCUCCUGGAGUUGUAGUGCUGCAAGAGUGGUGGGGCGUUGAUUAUGAGGUCAAGAAUCAUGCCAUCCAUAUUUCCCAGAUCGAUGAUGGAUACAAGGCACUUAUUCCACAUUUGUACCGUGGGAAGGUUGCUUUGGAGGUAGCUGAGGCACAACAUCUGAUGGAAGGACUAGACUGGCCGGGUGCAAUCAAGGAUAUUCAGGCUUCAGUUAAGUGGCUGAAGGAAAAUGGAUCACCCAAGGCUCCAAAGUUUGUCAGCAGCUAGCUUGAUUUGGAGACAUUUCCUAUUAGGAGCAUUAAGCUUUGGAUGUAACUAGCUUUGUUACUUGGUAUACCUCGUUCAGGGUCCGAAGCUGCUGUAGGAGGUGGCGGCUGUCACUUUAGGAGCGCAUGAUUUAACUCCUCCAGCAACACCAAAUUUGACGAGGGAAUUCUAUGCACCAUUCCAGCGGCGUUACAUAGAGCAUGACCCAGGGAACAGGCUAGUAUCAGUUUCAUUGUGCAUGCCUACAUUCAAUAGUAGCCAUUAGGCCACUAGCACUUUUCACUAUGUUGAUUAAAACUAACAUUGGUUCACGUAUUUU